CCAAGAGGAGAGGGAAUGUCGGAGAGGAUCGCUUCGUGCGGGAGCCUGUAUGACAGCACCAACCUGCUGCUACAGUACUGCAACAACGAUGACACGGUGUCAGCCGGCAGCAACAUGGACAUGGAGGACCGGGUUUCCCACCUGGAGCAGAAGCUGCAGCUGCAGGAGGACGAGAUCCAGCUGUUGAAGGCCGCCCUGGCCGACGCCCUGCGCCGCCUGGGCUACUGCGAGGACCAGAGCCCGGGGGUGAAGCCCAGAGACAUCCAUGGCGCCGCCAGGAGGCCCCUGGCCGCCACCGCUUCGGCCCCGCCUACCAAGGUGCGCCAGCUCCUGCAGGCGCUUCCCUCCAGGCCUCUGAGCAACGGCUACGUCCAGCAGAAGCGCCUCCUCUCCUCGCCGUCCUCUCCUAAAAAGGAGAAGUUCCAGUCUAUUAAGAGGAAGAGUAUGUCCACAGAGCGCCUCACCCUGGUGAGGAGGGAGAUGGGAGCGGAGAGCCGGAGUCGAACCACCUCCUCCAGCAGCUCCUCCGGAGGCAAAAGCAAAUCCAAAGAAUGCACCAUCAAUGCCGAGGACGGCUACGUGCGGAUGUUCCUCCGAGGACGUCCCGUCACCAUGCACAUCCCCGACAAGCAGAGGGAGAGCUACAGUAUCGACCAAAAGGUGGCGCUACCCGACCGCAAGCCCAAACUGCAGUGGGUGUACGGCUACCGCGGGCGUGACUGCCGCUCCAACCUCUACCUGCUGCCCACAGGAGAGAUCGUCUACUUCAACGCCUCCGUGGUGGUGCUGUACAACACCGAGGAGCAGCAGCAGAGGCAUUACCUGGGCCACAACGACGACGUCAAAUGCCUGAGUGUGCAUCCUGACAUGGUGACCAUAGCAACGGGGCAGAUGGCUGGAAACUCUAAAGAUGGAAAGCUGCUGGCGCCUCAUGUUCGCGUGUGGGACUCUGUGAGCCUCAACACUCUCCAUGUGAUCGGGAUGGGGGUGUUCGACAGAGCGGUCACCUGCGUGGCUUUCUCCAAGUCGAACGGCGGCACCUUCCUCUGCGCUGUGGACGAUGCCAACGACCACCUCCUGUCGGUCUGGGACUGGCAGAAGGAGAAGCAGCUGGCUGACGUCAAGUGCUCCAACGACUCUGUGCUGGGCGCUGUGUUUCAUCCCAUGGAUGCCAACCUGAUUGUCACCUGUGGGAAAUCCCACAUCAACUUCUGGACCGUUGAAGGCAAAACUCUCACGAAGAAACAGGGCCUGUUCGAGAAACACGAGAAGCCGAAGUACAUGCUGUGUGUUGCGUUCGCUGAGAAUGGAGACGCCAUCACAGGAGACUCCGGUGGAAACAUCUACGUCUGGGCCAAAGGCGGCAGCCGCAUCAGCCAGGUGGUGUCGGGGGCCCACGAGGGUGGCAUCUUCUCCCUUUGCGUCCUGAAGGACGGAACCAUGGUCUCCGGAGGAGGGAAGGACCGCAAGGUGGUGCUGUGGGACCACAACUACAGAAAGAAGGCUGAGAUGGAGGUGGGCGAGCCGCUUGGUCCUGUUCGGGCGCUGGCCGAAGGUAAACCGGGAGAGCUCUUCGUUGGGACCACCAAGAAUGCCAUCGUCAAAGCCGCCUUCCCCGACACGUUGACUCCGAUUGUACAGGGUCACACGGAUGAGCUGUGGGGUCUGGACGUCCAUCCCUCCAUGGAGCAGUUUGUCACCUGCUCCCAGGACAAGCAGGUCCACCUCUGGGACUCCAACUCCCAUCAGCCCCUCUGGAGCAAGACCAUCGAGGAUCCAGGGAGGUCUGCAGGUUUCCAUCCCAGCGGCGCUGUCCUGGCUGUGGGGACCAUGACUGGAAGAUGGUUGGUGCUGGACACCGACACCACGGAUCUCGUUUUUAUGCACACCGAUGGCAAUGAGAUCAUUUCCAACGUCAAGUACUCUCCAGACGGUAACUUCCUGGCCGUCGCUUCUCACGACAACUUUGUUUACAUCUACGCCGUGACGGAGGGCGGACGAAAGUACAGCCGCGCGGGCAAAUGCACCGGCCACUCCAGCUUCGUCACCCAUCUGGACUGGUCAGCGGACAGCCAGCACCUCGUCACCAACUCGGGAGACUACGAGAUCCUCUUCUGGGAGGCAUCGAGUGGUAAACAUGUGACCAGCAUGGACAUGAUGCGCAACCAGGAGUGGGCCACGUCCACUUGCACACUGAGCUUCAACACCUUUGGGAUCUGGCCAGACGGAGCAGACGGCACAGACCUCAACGCCGUGUGCAGGUCACAUGACGGAUCCCUGCUGGCCUCCGCCGAUGACUUUGGCAAAGUGCACUUGUUCUCCUUCCCCUGCUCUCAACCAAGGGCUCUGAGCCACGAGUGCGCCGGCCACAGCAGUCACGUGACCAACGUUGCCUUCCUGCAUGACGACAGUCACCUGAUCUCCACCGGAGGGAAAGACACCAGCAUCCUGCAGUGGGGGUUCUAGGCUAUGCAUCUCCACUCCCAGCCUCGGGUCCCCCUCUGUGCUCUAUCCUCCGGCACCACCAGGGGGCAGUAUGUCCACCGCCUACUGGAAAUAAUAAUAAUAAAUAAAACACAUAACUUGACCAACAGAUGUCACACCGGAUGAGAUGUAUCAAUGUAAACGAUGGAAUAUAAUUUUGUGUCCUGUUGUUUUGUAAUAGACUGUAGAGUAAAUGGCUUGUUGACCUACAGGAAGUGCAUCCAAUCUGUUCCCAAAAGAGACUACUGCAACACCAACCCAGCUGGAAGCUGCUGGUGGUGACCACACAGGGAACCUGUGAUUUAGCGUUCGUACCGACGGCCUGAACUGUAUUUAUCUUAACCCCCUUUAACGGGGAAACCACCUAUUUUAAAAGGAAUAAGUGAGUUGGCAAGUUUCAACUCCUUGAUGACAUGUACACUUUGCAAUUGGUUUAGUUGAAUACAUGCUCCUCAGUCAUGGUUCGUGUUACAGUUUUAAGAAGUUUAAUAUUAGGCUAUUUCUCCGACUCUGCCGAGCAGCGUUUGGUUUCCAUUCAGUGUAAAUCAGUUGGCAGACUUUUGAAUCUUUGUUCAGGUGGAUCCAGGUCAGUCUGCUCUGGACCGGAUGUAGGACCGAUGGGACAAUUACAUGUAUACUCUGCUAAAAAUAGUCACUAUUGAAACCAAUGGAAAUGAGCGUGUUUAUACAUCUAUAAAAGAGCAGCUGGGUUUUCAAAAUGGAGAUGUGAAGUGUACAUGAUUUAAAAUAAUGAGUUCAAACAUGUGAACAAGAAGUCACGUAAUCUUUGCACCAUUUCUGGGUGAGCGUGGGAUUUCUUGGAUUCCUAAAAUGUGUGGUAUUCCCCUUUUUUUAAAAACUCGUACUGUACGAACAUUGCCUUGCCAUCUUAUGCAGUUCCACCCCACCCCCCCCCCCCCCCUUCAGCCUGAUUGCCAAACACUUAAGGUGUAGAUUGUAUUACAGAUUGUACAAGGUUCCCCCCCCCCCCCCACACACACACACACACACCACCACCACUGUCCCUAGAUGGCGGUACAAUGCAAAUGAAUGAGCAUGACCAAGGCUGUCCUCCUGUAGGUGCUGUUAAUGUCACAAAAGGAGUAAAUUUAUAUAAAUACAUAUAUUAUGCAGUAUAUCCAAGUGGCUGUGUUAUUUUAAUAAUUAACCGUAACAAUGAUGGAUGUUGUCAUUAUUCGUGUGGCACGCGAUCGACACAGGGGUAUCGUGGGCUGCUGUGCUGUGAGCUUGAGCUGUGAUUUGCCUUCUGUUUUGUUAAUAAAGUUUUUACCCAAGCGUUA